AGUUCGGAAAAGAGCAACAGAGAAGACACGUUGAGUUGAGCACUUUCGUCUUUACUUCUUUGCUUCCCACUGCCGGCUCCUGAAAGAAGUCUCCACCAUUGAAACCGUCCAAUGAACCACAAAACAAAUCCUCUUUUACUUUAAUCAGAUUCAACAAAUUAGAUAAAUAGAUGUGCUGAGGUAGCUCAGAUGCAAAUACCAACUCAACGGAAGUUUGGUCACCAAUAGAAUAUUUACUUCUCGUCACUUCUUCCGCCGUCUCGGCUACUUAAGAGCCCGAACUCCCCGCUCUCCCUCCCCACACUUCACGGUUGCAGGAAAACAAACAACUCCAAAUCCAAAUACUUCAUUCCUUGUCAGUUAAGCAAACUUACAACGCUAAACCCCCUGAAAUGGCCGGAAGGAGAAUGGAGAUUGGCCUCGUUGCCGUCGUGGUUGUGGCAGUGGCUACCCUCUGGGCCGGUGCAGCAGCGCAGUCAAGCUCAGACUGUACCAACGUGUUCAUCAGCAUGUCCCCAUGCCUCAGCUACAUCAGUGGAAACUCGUCCAUCCCAUCCUCCAACUGCUGCUCACAGCUCGCCAGUGUCGUCCGGUCGCAGCCCCAGUGCCUCUGCCAGGUCCUCAAUGGGGGCGCCUCCUCCCUCGGCAUCACCAUUAAUCAGACCCAGGCCAUGGCCCUUCCUGGCGCCUGCAACGUUCAGACCCCAUCUGUCAGCCUCUGCAAUGGUGCUUCUCCAGCCGGUUCGCCUACUGGAACUCCUUCUUCCACUGUUCCUUCAGGAACUGGAUCGAAUACUGUACCAUCAACGGAAGGCAAUGGCUCGUCAGACGGAACCUCUCUCAGGCUCUCAGUUCCACUGUUCUUCGUUCUGCUCUAUGCAGCUUCCUAUGGCUCCAACCGGUCAACCUACUAAAAUUACACGCACGCACACCGACAGAUUAUGUUUAUGUAUUCUUUAUUUAUUGUUAUUAGUUUGAGUUUUGAACCUUUUUACUAGAGUGGUUCAUGUAUACGUACAACUUUUGGUCAGCCCUUCGAGUGCUGAUAAAUACACCGUAUUGUAUUGCUUAAGAGAAUUUCUUCUCUUCCCAUUGCUGAAUAAAAGUUUAUCUAUGGCCGUCUGAAUACAAA